AUGCGACUCCUUUUUUUAUCCCCUAGUGCAGCGAUCCCAGGAGACGGAGAAUGUGUAGUGGGCAUGUGUUCUCAACUAGUAAAUAACGUAAGACCCUCAGAAAGAGCGCUCACCUGUGGUAUUUUCAAAGUUGGACUACUGGUGGCAUUGCCAGAACCACUAUAA